AUGGAUUAUUCUGUUUUAAACAUGAGAGCUUUAACAAGUUUUAUUAUAAUUGGAUUUAUUGGGUUUACUAGUUUUGUGAAAAGUGAACCAAAUAUGAAAGUUGUGAGCUAUAUUUGCAAUGGUAAUAAAUAUGAUAUGAGUGGUUCAUUUGCAAAUAGUUUGGCUUAUGUUCUUGAAGCUUUACAAAAUGAGACACCAAUUAGUCAAGGUUAUAACUAUUAUGUAACAUCUCCUUAUCCUAAUGAUGCUUUAGCUUAUGGACAUGCUACAUGUAGUUCAAGUUUAAUAAAUUCUGAUUGUGCUAUUUGUGCAAAUUAUGCAAAAUCUUACUUGAUUACUGCUUGCGAUCGUGGUAUUGGAGCACAAAUUGAACUUAUUGAUUGUUCAAUGAGGUACGAGCAAUACCCGUUCACAUGA